UGUUCACGCGAGAGCUGCGUGUUUUUUGUUGGGGGGUGUCGGAACUUCAUAAUUCAAUAAUUGUAUUUUUUGCAGAAGGUACUGAACUUCUGAUAGUGAUUUUUCAAAGAACUAAACUGUAUCUAAUUGAAUGUUAACUUGAUCAUUUAUUCCACUGGAUAAAUUCCGGAUAAUCGUGUUAAAUUAGUGAAAGAGUGCCAACUGAUUGCACGCACAGUUAAAAUUACUGCAAUUGCUCUAUUUGUGACUAUUUGAGGGUUGGAAAAUCAUAACGUAACAAGAUGGGUGUUUUCCGGACUGCAAUGUCAAUGGCUGCUCAUAGUGGGAAAAUGGGACUGAAAAGCAAAGGAACUUCUUUCCGCCCGCUGCUGACGUGCGCACCCGUGGCGAUGGUCAGCUUCGACCGCAACGCGCACACGCAGGACCUCACCAAGAACAUCCAGUACAUCAGCAACGACAAGCUCAAACUGACCGCCGACCCUGCCACCAUGAAGUUGGACAAGCAACGGAACAAGCCGGUCUGCGUGAUGAUUAACUGGCUUCUAGCGCGGCAGAAGCACGUCAUGAAGUACGCUACGCUAUACUUGGAGCAGGGCUUCGACGUGGUCUCCGUGUCCUGUACGCCGUGGCAGCUCAUGUGGCCGCAGAAGGGAUCGCAGCUGGUUGCAGAGGACUUGAUCAAGUUCAUGGCAGCGAACGAAAACGACCAGCCGAUGGUGAUCCACGGUUUCUCCGUCGGCGGGUACAUGAUGGGCGAGGUCUUCGUGCACGUCAUGAGGAAUAAGGCUCUCUAUCAACCCGUCCUGGACCGCGUGUCGGCCCAGAUAUGGGACUCCGCGGCGGAUAUCAGCGAGCUGACCAUAGGUGUCCCGGCUGCUGUCUUCCCGAAGAACAAGAUUAUGCAGAAGACGCUCCGAGCGUAUAUGGAGUACCACCUGAGGACUUUCCACGACGCGGCCACCACACACUACAUUCGCUCGUCGCAGAUGUUCCACAGCACGCUGUGUCAUGCGCCCGCGCUGUUCCUGCUGUCCCGUAGCGACCCCGUAGGCGCUGAGAACAGCAAUCGCAGCGUGCAUGAUAGCUGGGUCAACCUGGGCGUUAAGUGCACAUGGAAAUGCUGGGACCGUUCACCCCACGUCCAACACUACAACUACCACAAGAAGGAAUACGUGGAAGCCCUUUACAACCAUCUCCACGCCUACGGUCUACUCUCGCAGCCGGAGAAGAUGCGCCAGAGGUUAUAAUAACACUGCCUUGAAGCUACGUAAUGUAGUAUAGAAGCCGUACACCCGCGGAGUUUAUUAUGAAUCUUAGCAACCGAUUGCUAAUAGGGAAUAUGCAAGGUUUUUUUACACGUUUCAGUAGCUUGGCAUUAUCAAAUCAAUCAGUGCUUUUCUAUAACAAAAAUUUCAAAAGAGAUCUCAUGACGUCAUUGGUCAUGUUAGAACGACACGCAGAGUGUCACAAGUUACUAUGGGCGGGUGACAUUUGACGUCACGCUCAGCUAUUUCAAACACUUGUAACUUUUUUGUUUCUAGUCCGAUUUCAAUACUAGUUUUUCAGAAAUUCUAUGAUUUAACUAAAGUGUUUAUUUAUACAUAAUUUAUUAACUUUUAAAAUCGAUGCAUAUUCCCUAUUGAAUGCAACGCGUAUGCUACGCCAAUCAAUUAUAGAUGGCGCUAGUUUUCAUACAUUUUUCGCAGUCACAUGCUAAGAUUCGUAAUAACCCCGCCGUAUUCCUAAGUUUCUCUAUGGUUUGCUUAGCGUAAGAAUCCUCAAGGAAAUCUUUGUAUUCUUAUACGAAAGUUAAUGGAAGAAAAGGUUGACCUUUCCUUGUGAUUGUGAUUAUCAGUUUUGUGUGGUGUGCACUAAGGAUUAUUUUUGAACAAAGUAAUAUUUUUGAUGCGGGGUUUCUGGAUAUAAUGGAACAUAAACUGCCCCGUCGCAUUCGAAAGGUUCUGAGACUCUCACAAGAGUUGAUCUGUCAAAAUUAUUUGAAUUUUAAGUUGAGAGCCUAAUCUUGAGAGUUUAUUGGAUGAAAUCGAGGCAAUGUUUCAGAAUAUGGGUUUAUGAUGAACCUCCAACUGUUCAAAAAACAAUGAAAACCUACUUGAUGGAAAAAUAUGUUGCAUAAACAAUGGCUGCGAAAUCAAUUCGAUUUGCCAGUUGAGCAAAGCUUGCUUUUAAAUAACGAACAAAAGAUAUCGAAACCAAAAUUACCCAAAUUAUAAUGUUUGUGUGGCUAAUCGAGUAACUUUAUAUUUUUAUGGAGCUAAACGUUGUGUUCCAUCAGUGUACUCUCUUAAAACAGCCAUGGUAAUAUUUCUUCUCUAGUAAUAUUGCUUAUGACGUCGACUUUCAAUAUCGCUGCUAGCGAAUUUUUAUUGAAUGCUAAAGCGAUAAAAUGUAUAACUCGAGAAAACAAAUACAUUCGAAGUUAUACCGUUGGGAAUAAUUAUGCAAUAUUACUAACAUAAUAAAACUAGAAAAACUUUAUUCUGAACAUUAGUAAUAAACAGUUUAGAAAACUAUUUUUAAAAUUUGGCACUUAUUAAGAUUUUUAUUACGGACGCAGACUUAUAAACGAGAGAUCGUAGUUGAUUUGAUGUGACUGAAAAUAAGGUGUCUUAAAUAUGGCAGGUAAAUUUAAAAUUAUAUUGUUUCUUAUAUUUUGGGAGGAAAUUGUAUUAUUUGUCACUAGUGCAGCAGCAUUAGUCUUAUAGUUCCUAUUUUGGAUUUUAUAGAAAACAAAUUCUUAUGGCAUGCAUCGUCACUUCGUCACUGAGCGUGCCUCAUAAAAUUAAUAUUAUGGGACUGCGCAAACGUAGAAACUUUUCCACGCCAUCAUAGGGAACCGAGUUAUAUGGUGUCAAGUGGAAGCAACUACGGGGUUACUCCGAAAAACGUUAUCCGAAGUUUCGAAUGUUGCUAUCCCUCUCACGCAAAGCGAGAUGCCAGUAUGAGUGACAGUGACAAAUAGACCCGAAACUACGAAGCACUGCUGGACACAAAAAAUGUCAACGUCUGUUGAUUAUAUGAAAAUGAAAUAUUCACUAUUAGCUUGUAUAUCACAAGACACAAGUGUCUAUUUGCGCAGCCUCUAUCAAUUCGUGGAACUAAAAUACAUUAUGUAAAUUCAACCUAUUUACUUAUUAUUUGUAACGAUUUACAAGACAAUGAGCAUUGUUAUUUAAAUUAUAUUUCACUGCACGUGUAUUUGUGUCGGUUUAGAUGCAAUAAGAAUAAAUUAAGACUUGAUUAGAAUUAGCCGCACUUUAUUUAGUCAAAAUUUUUAAAACUGCCCUUGGCGUUUUUUCUAACUUUUGUUUUAUUUGGCAUCGUAUUAAGGAAUUGAUAAAUUAAUGCAAACAUUAUUCUACACAAAUAAGCACACUAGACUUCACAUUUGAUCUUAAUAUCGCUCUUAUUUUUAGCGAAAUAAGAUCUACUCUUAAGUGCAACUUUUAGGCUUGAUAUUAUGUGUGAGUGAGAAAAUGUAGGUAAGGCAGCGGUUUGUAUAUUUUUUAUGAUAAAUUGAAAAAUCAUGGAAAGGCGCAAAUCAAUAUGGCGGUUGUUUCAAGACAAUGAAUAUUGUACGAAC